GCCAUUUCAUCGCGUCAAAGCCGGAAAGGUGGAAGGUAAGGCGUCCCCUCGUUCAAUUCUCCUGCGGUUCUCCAUCAUCACUGCCUGUCUCCGGCAGGCGAUCGAGCCCUCUGUUUCUUUGGGGAUUAGAGAAGUAUACAUACAUUCUCUCGAAAGGGAAUGGCAGCAGGCGCAGGCAGUCAGCAAAGCUUGAGAAAAGCGUUGAAAACAGUUGGAUUGGCGAAAGCCAAUGGUGAAUUUAAGGUAUUGGAUAAUGCCAUUUCCAAGGCCACAAGACAUGAUGACGCAUUGCCAAAGGAGAAACAUGUUACUACUGUACUACGUGCAAUUCCAGCUUCAAGACCUCGUGCUGAAGUUGCUUAUUGCAUACAUGCUCUAGCCAGGCGCCUUUCUAAGGCUCACAGUUGGAAGGUAGCACUGAAAACCGUGAUGAUUAUACACCGUGCUCUGAGGGAAGUUGAUGAUACAUUUUGUGACGCUCUAAUUAAGUAUAGCUGGAGUAGAGGUCAUAUUCUGAACAUAUCUCAUUCGUGGGAUGAAACAAGUCCAAGUGCAUGGGGUUAUUCUACCUGGGUUCGUUUAUAUGCAUCAUAUCUCGAAGAACGCCUGGAGUGUUUUCGUGUCCUCAAGUAUGAUGUUCAGAAAGAUCACUUGAGAACCAAGGAACUUGAAACCCCAGACUUACUAAGGCAUCUACCUGCCUUGCAACAGCUUCUUUCUCGCCUUCUUGAUUGCCAGCCAGAAGUGGGGACUAUAUGUAAUAGCCUGAUUCAGUAUGCUAUUUCAAUGGUUGCAGGUGAAAGUGCCAAGUUGUAUGCUGCAAUUACAGAUGGUAUUGUGAAUUUAGUUGACAAGUUCUUUGAGAUGCAGCGCGAUGAUGCAGUUAAAGCACUUGAAAUUUAUAAGAAGUCGGGAAGCCAGGCAGAGAGGUUAUUUGAGUUCUUUGAGAUCUGCAGGAGCCUUAAUUUUGGACGGGGUCUGAAAACGGUUAGAAUUCAACAGCUCCCUGAAUCAUUCUUGACCACUAUGGAAGAUUAUGUUAAGGAGGCAUCCGGUGUUGUAAUGCUUGAACUUCCCCCAACCAUUGAGGAUCAAACUGAUGCUCCCAAGGAAACUGUUGUGGUAGAAGGGGACUUGUUAAUCGACCAUGAUGAUAAUAAGGAACAAAAAUCAGCACCUCAACAUCCAAGUGACCAGAGUGACGCUGCUGCGACAACACAAAUUUUUGACCUGCUGAGCUUUGAUGAAGUUAUUCCAGUAACAUCAGAGUCAGAUGAAAACAAUUCCCUGGCACUAGCAAUCGUUCCGUCGGAGAAUCCGUCAGAUUCCAAAACAGAUGGUCUCAAUUCUACAACCUCCAACUCUAGUUGGGAGAUUGAACUUUUUACACCAACUUCUAAUGGAGCUGCAGUUCAAGAGACACCAUCAACUUCUAAUGCAGCUGGAGUUGCAGAAACCAAGUUGGCUGGUGGGCUAGACAGAUCGACACUGGACAGUCUGUAUGAUAAUGCAAUGGCAAGUACACCAAAUCAGAACAACAUGUUGUACUCCCCAGCCGCACUGGCACCCUCUAAUCCUUUUGAAGAUGUUGCUACUUCUUCAUACCAAUUCCAAGACCCUUAUUAUGCUUCCAGCAAUGCAACAACCCCAGCAAACUUACAAAUGGCUAUCAUGACCCAACAACAACAAUAUUUCAUGAUGAUGCAGCAACAAGUGCAGCAACUACAGUCACCCAGCAUUGUCCAAAAUCCACCGAGUCCUUACCAAAAUCUACCAAGUCCUUGCCACAAUCCACCAAGUCCUUUCCAAAAUUUACCAAAUCCUUUCCAAAACCCACCAACACCAAGUCCUAGCCAAAAUCCACCAAGUCCUUUCCAAAAUUUACCAAAUCCUUUCCAAAAUUCACCAACACCUAGUCCUAGCCAAAAUCCACCAACACCAAGUCCUUUCCAAAAUUUACCAAAUCCUUUCCAAAAUCCACCAGCAUCAAGUCCUAACCAAAAUCCACCAACACCAAGUCCUUUCCAAAAUCCACCAAGUCCAUUAACCUCUUCUGGGAAUCCUUUUUCUGGGCAGAUCAGUAAUCCUCCACCUCAAGAUUCACACAAUGACCUCAUUUAGCAGAUCAUCACAGGAAUCGUUUUCAACAUUUCCGCCCACGGUUCCAGACAUUGCAGUGGAAGCAGCCGCAGUUUUCCGAGUUAUGCAUGAAAGAAUUAAAUGUAAAAGCUCCAUUGGAUUUAUGUGUUAGCCUGCUGGUGCCGCAAGUUGAUCAGCGCAGAGUUGUUUUCUUUUCGUGUGAGAAGUUUAUAUCACACUAUGAUUAUGUUUAACAAAAGAGUCUCUCGUGUUAACAAAUUAGUCUCUCUUAGCUUCCUAUUGGUUGGAUUACCCACUUUAUCCUCAUUGCCUACCAACGAAGAGAUCCAUUACCCUGCAUUUUGAAUAGUGAUACGCCCUGUGUUGGAGCUCAGCCAGAAAAACUCAUCAUCCCAUCCUGUAAACCCCAUGAAUCAAUCUCCCAAAUCUCAGCAUUUGUUGGCAGAUUAAGAUACUGGGAUUGCCAAUAUGAGGCUAUCAAAGAGGAUGACUUCAUGAGAAGCAUUGCCAAAUGCUUUUGGGAUCUUUUGUGCGCUUCAUACAAGUACACAAUGUUGGCCGAACACUCCAAAAUAAUUCAGGAGUAUAGAAAGUUGUAAUUUGAUACUGUAAACUAGUUUACAACUACAGAUGUGAGAUGCCUAAACAAAUUAAAUGGGUUGGACUCAAUGGUAUUGUUUCCUACAUAAAUCAUUUCUAGAUUGAUUUGUAAUGCAGAGAA